CUCUAGACUCGGAUACCCAAUCCCAAACGACGUCAAGUUACAGAGAAUCUUCAACCAGCGUUAGUUCAAGACAUUCCUCUUUUAAAGAAAAAAGAAAACCUAGGUGCAAUAUCAGAACAAAUCCUGGAUAUGAUGACCGGUACUCAUCGUGUAAAUCCAUCAAUGAGUACGAAGGAAGUACAAAGUCUUUAAAGAGAUGUGAUUGCAGAAAGUCGACUUCUGAUCUAACCGACAUGACAGACGAGGUUGCCAACACCAUGACAACGUCACUUAGUAGGCCCAGCUCUCCAAGACGAAAAGGUUCAGUUAAAGGAGGUCUAGCUUAUCUGGCUUCCAGAAGAAGUUCUCGAGACUCUAUCGCUUCCAAUAUGUCAAACGUAUCUAACGAGGACAUAGGACCUUUAAAUUUUCAAAAUACUGUUCGUGGUCGUCAAAGGAGAACUUCCAAUUUUUUGGAACUACCUGUUCCAGAUCAUAUCAGGCCAAGAGUAUGUUCGUUACCAGAGAAACCCUACAACCCACGACUUAGUGACGACCUGUACCGUUUGCGGACAUUCAGUAUAACUAACAAGGGAGGAGUUGUGAACUGUGGGGAUUCCAUCAUUAACAGAAGGUCCAGGUCAAAUACUAGUGUCAAUUCUACCGCCAGUAGAGCAAGUAACGUUUCUGGUGAAAGGUCGCCAUUUGAUGGAUCAUGCUGCGGUUCAGGAUACCAUACGGUCGAUUCGACUCCCUUGGGAUCGCCGGAGGAGGUCGAAGUUCCCAAAUACAGGGUUGUUAUGCUUGGAGACGCCGGUGUGGGGAAAACGGCUCUUGUAUCGCAGUUCAUGACAUCGGAAUACAUGAAUACCUACGACGCUAGUUUGGACGAUGAAUUUGGAGAGAGAACUGUUUCAAUUUUGCUUGACGGGGAAGAAUCUGAAAUGAUAUUUAUUGACCAUCCAUCAUCAGAAAUGUCGGUAGAAAAUUCACUAAGUACAUAUGAACCUCAUGCGUGCGUAAUGGUGUAUUCGGUAGUAUCCAGAUCUAGUUUUCAACAUGCAGAAGAAACACUUAAUUAUCUUUGGAGAGAAGGAUACACUCAAGAAAAAAGUGUGAUUGUGGUGGGAAACAAGGCAGAUCUAGCUAGAGCAAGGGUUAUUCCUCCUAACGAGGGGAAAGCACUUGCGGUGGCAAGAGAUUGCAAGUUUAUAGAGACAUCUAGCGGAAUUCAGCACAAUGUCGACGAACUUUUGGUAGGCAUUCUAAAACAGAUUCGGUUAAGGGAAUCCCGAGAAAAGAAGAAAGCCACAUUAAAAAAGGAUAACAGUAAAAUACACGGUUCUAAAACAAGUCUGAGCUUAAACAUUGCAAGAGAGAUUUUGCAAAAAAUAUGUUUAAACGACAUCAGCAAAUCAAAAUCCUGUGAAAAUUUACACGUUUUGUAA